AUGCUGUCAGGCCCUACCAAAGAGCCGACGAACAUCGUAUGCGCCUGGAGCUCCGACGAUGAUCCUGUGGUCUUCGAAACCAGCGAGGGCAACAGCAGGAGGCUCAAGGAUGCCGAGAUAUCCACGAUGAGGUCGCUCAUCGAAGAAAUGGAAGGAAAUGGUGUGGUGGAUCUUACCAUCAACUCCCACGAGAUGGAUCGUGCCGAUGCAGGCGACGGUGUGUUCGUCAUUUCCCCCUCCGAUGACGUGCCCCCGCUGGUGUUCAAGUUCACGAAGAACACCGGCAAUGGCUUGAAGUUCACCAAUGUUGCUAGCUUCUUUGACAACAAAAGCCUCGUGGGCUCCGAGAUGAUGCGCCUGGUGUGGCGGGUCAGCUUUAAUGCUGACGAGCAGGAGCUGUCCCCCAAGAAGCCGCUCUAUUUCCUGAAGACUGCUUGUCACCUCAAGAAGCAUCAAGCGGUGCGUCUACUGUAG